AAAAUGUUUUUGGUUAACUGGGGGUUGAAGUAUAUCACGCAAAGAGUGAGUGUAUUGAGCCAUGGCUUCAAUAUGUAACGGAUGCUAACACGGCUCAUGUGCCACUAUGAAGGUGUUUAGAGAGACACAGUGGAACAAAUUUGGAACCGAGGACCCCUACUAUGAAGAGUAUGAGGUUGAACAACACUCAAUGUUCAGCGGUGCGACGACUAUAAAGACCAAGAAGAGACCAAGAACAGUGCCACAGGGGUUAUCGCAGAACGAUGAGAAUGUCUUGAAGCAAGUCAUGAGAAGGGCAUACCAUCUGGACAUGCAAUUCAACAUCUUUGGGUAUCGUGUAGGAUGGAACGGUGUUGUUGGUAUCAUCCCAGUCGUUGGAGAUAUAUUUGGUGUGAUUUGUUCCCUGAUGUUGUUCAAAUCUUCAUUGGAUGUUGAUGGAGGUCUACCUCUCAUCGUCCAGGCAAAGUUCUUGUUCAACAUCCUGCUAGACUUUCUGAUUGGGUUAAUCCCAAUUUUGGGUAACUUUGUUGAGGUGAUGUACAAGGCCAACUCGAGAAACGCAUUGAUAUUGGAGAAACACCUCGAGGAGAAGGGACGCGCCAACAUCCUGAAAGUCUCACUCAAUCUCAUACCACAAGCUCAAGAUGGCACAAGCAGUUCACUCACAGAUGUUGGCUCAGUCAAAUCGAAGAGCCCAUCAACUGUUAAGACAAGAAACGUUGCGCGGAGAGGCUCCACAAGUUCUAUCAACUCUACGUCCUCUCCUCCAAUCUACUCCGUGGGGAAGGAUCCAGAGAGAUUCAACUAUGCCAAAUCUCGCAACUUGGAUCUAUGAGAGGCUAUUUAAGUUGUAAUAAAACUGCCCAUCCAUUCCACUAUCUACUAUAGUGUUAGAUUAAGUAUGUGUUCUC